UUACCUGGAAAGUGCAGAUGCCAAAGGCAUGGAGUAACAGUGAGCAACAAAUAGAAAAGGAAUAUUCCAGUAUACUUCUUCAAUUGCCAUAGAGCUACCUCUCUUUCUACUAUAUAAACAGUCUCCUUCAUUAACAUCACACCGCGGCACCAUCAUCUUCUUCUUCUUCUUCAGGCUUCUUAUUUCUCAUCAUCAUCUUCUUCUUCAGGAAAAUGGCGGACUCUUCAACUCCAACAUCAGAGUCCAACCAUACCAUAAUAUCCAAUGCAGAUCCUUUGAAUGCUCCUGACCUUUUCUUUUUACAAGAAGAAAAUGAGGAAAGAAUGCACCCAUUUUUUAAAUUAUGCGCGCCCCUUUACAAAUAUGGUAUGAAAGGUGAUUGGGCAGCAGCUAAACGGAUCUUAGAAAACAAUGAGAAUGAGAGACUGAAACGUGCUGCAAUAACAAAAGGUUGGAGUACACUGCUCCAUGUUGCUGCAGGUGCUAACCAUUCUCACUUUGUGAAAGAGCUGCUAGGCAUGCUCCAAAAUGAGGACGUUUCAUUGCAAGAUAUCAAGGGCAACACUGCUUUCUGCUUUGCUGUAUCAUCUGGAAACAUGAGUAUUGCUAAGUUAUUGCUAGGUAGAAAUCAAUACUUGCUAAAAAUCAGAGGUGGCGGUGGACACCUACCUAUCCAGUUUGCUGUCAUGCAAGGAAAAUGUGAAAUGACAUGGUUUCUGUAUGGCGAAAUCAACGGAGACGAAUUCGAAGAACCUGAUAGGAAAUCCUUGUUUUUCUCUAGUAUUAAAACCGGCAACCAUAGGUUUGCUUUAGUAGUGGCCAAACGCUGGCCAGACCUAGCUUGGGCACGUGAUCAGAAUAAUGACACAGCUCUGCAUAUCUUGGCUUUCAAUCAAGUCCCCUUACAUUCUUGUUCUCAUUGUCCUGAUAUUGCAGAUCCCAUAAGGAUCAACCCCGGAAUGAAAAAACAUGUGACUUUCCAAUUGGUUAAACAUCUCUGGGAAAAUAUUCUUCUCAAAAAAAGGAUCUCGGAAGUAAUUCCAAUCAUAAGUGAACCUUUCCAGGCAUUAUUUGAUGCAGCAGAAAUUGGUAACUUUGGAUUCAUAUCAGAGCUUAUUAGUGCUCACCCUAGUUUGAUAUGGGAAGUUGACAACAAAAAUCAUAGUAUAGUUCACACGGCAGUUUCACAUCGCCAUGCUAACAUCUUCAAUCUAAUACACGAGAUAGAGUCCCAAAAGGAUCUCAUAGUAGCAUGCAUGGUCAAUCUAAGCAAUCCUUCAUCUUCUGAACCUGUAAAAAAUAACACUUUAUUGCAUUUGGCUGCAAAGGUAGCUUCCCCACAUCAACUUGAAUUAGUUUCUGGAGCCGCACUUCAAAUGUGCCUUGAGAUAAUAUGGUUUGAGGAGGUGAAGAAGAUAAUGCCUCCACAUCUCAUAAUAGUGAAAAAUUCUGAUGGCAUAACUGCUCGAGAUUUAUUCACAAAAGAGCAUGAAAAAUUGCGAAAAAAAGGAGAAGAGUGGAUGAAACGUACUUCUGAGUUUUGCAUGCUUAUCUCAACUGUUAUUGCUACAGCAGUGUUUUCUGCUGCCAUUAACAUACCAGGUGGUAUUAAUGAUGGAACAAAAAAACCAAAUUAUUUGAACCAAACAUCAUUUUUGGUAUUUGCAAUAUCAGAUGGAGCUGCUUUCAUCUCCUCUUCAACUGCAAUAUUAAUAUUCUUGUCUAUUCUCAUGUCACGUUAUGCUGAGUAUGACUUUUACAAGUCAUUACCCUUGAAGUUGAUAUCUGGACUCAUAACUCUAUUCAUCUCGAUAGCAUGUAUGAUGGUAGCAUUUGCCAGUUCCUUCUUCAUAACAUACAACUACGGUUCGAGGGUUAUACCAGAUUUAAUUGGAGUACUCGUUUUUCCACCCUUGUUUUUGUAUAUUGGUCUGCAACUUUCUUUAUGGUGCGAUAUCAUAUAUUCAACUUUCUAUUGUAGGACUCUAUUUCGAUCAACCAAACCAAUGAUCUAUACUAUUAAAGAUGUGUAA